AUGACGCAGAUGAAUCCGCUUUCCGGCUCGUGCAUUCCCCAGCUUGAUGCUCCUCUGAUAGAGCUUUGUGCAAAGCUCCAUGGAGGUAUGCUCAAUUGCAGCCGCAGCCCGGGCAGCCGGCGUCUCCCACCAAUGUCGUGCGACCUGGGCAAGGCAGCUUUCAGCUGCAGCGCCCGGCCAAAUCCUGAGAGCAAAUCGAACUCUUUCAGUGGACUGGGAUUUUUUGUGACCUCCCAGGUGGGGAGCCUUGGUGCCUGCCUUAGAUACAACCUGCCUGGGACCUCUCAGCACCAAGUUGCGCCAGGUGCGAUGGACGGGACCCCUCAGGUGAUGAUGCAACAUGGCCAGGGGAUGAGGAGCCUGCUCGUGGUGAAGCGGACCGUGCCGGCCAACGCUUCCAUGGGACAUGGACCGUCUCGAGAGCAGGCGCUGCAGCAGCGCGUCGCGGAUUUGGAGGAGGCCCUGAGGGGCAAGGACCAGGAGAUCAAGGAGCUCCAAACGGCUCUUAGCCGGGCGGGUAUAAAGCUUCCUUCCAGCUUCGCCAAGAAGGCCAAAGCGCGAGAAAAGGUCGGCAGCGGCGGCUUUCGGAAAGUCUCGCAGUCGCAGCCUGCGGUGCCCUACGAAGCCAUUGACCAGGAGGAUCCGAUUGACCUCCGCCUGGAAGAGUUCUACAAUGGCACAGGUUCAGCGAUUCCGUUUCAGAGGAUUAACCGCGGAUUCUAUCGCUUUGGGGAGACCAUCCUGGAGCUGAAUAUCAUUAAUCAUAAGCUGAUGGCACGGACAGAGGACGGAUGGAAUCGAAGCAAGUUCGGUCCGAUCGAGAAGUUCCUCAUGUACUAUGAAAACAUUGAGAGGGAGAAGGCAGAGCUCAUCUGGGACGGAGAUUCCAAUGCCCCUGGGAGACCUGUGAAGCACAUCAGGCUUGGUGCCACGAACAACGGCAUCCCGCUCCCGGUGAAGAAUACCUUCAUCGACGUUCCCUCCGGCUUGACGCCCUCAGCCAUGAAGUUGGACACCCCGUACAAUCCACUUCUCACCGCGCCAGCUGACCUGAACCACGCGCCGGGCUUCCUGCAGAGGACUCUGGUAUCCGUUACUGGGGCUUUGCCCACACCAUCGCAAAGCAGUCCACAGGGUGGUUUGCUACCCAUCUCACCUGCAGCUGUGAUCCAUCGGCGUGUCAUGCAAUCGCCCGUGGCGACUCCUGUGACUCCUUCUCCAUCGGGUGCAAAAUGGGCAAAGUCUGCCGGUUGCAUGGGAGGAACGACAGCCAUCCCCGCUUGCGUUAUUGCUGCACCUUCGCCCACGAGAGCUUUGGCCAUCUCAAGCACUACGUGCACCACGGAGGCCACGCAGCAGGCAGAGCCACUGGAUGACGACGAGGAGGAUGACUCCGGAUCUGACCAGGUGGUCCCAGUGCACCUUCGCAAUCCCGAGGACGCGCCGAGGGCUCCGGCUGGAGCCAAACAUCCAUCGCUGGGCUCGGAGGGCCAUGAUGAGGGCGGCUGCAAGAGGUGCUGCUUCUUCCCGCGUGGACGCUGCACAAAUGGGUACAACUGUGAGUUCUGCCAUUACGAGCACGAGAAGAGGAAGCGAAAGAACAAGAAGAAGAUCAAGAAGAAGGAUGAUACACCAAUGGCUGGUGCCAUGUUCCAUUCCCUGGACUUGAGGCCGCCACAGAUGCCUCCUGCGCAGGUUCCUCCAGCACCUCUCGUUCUGUCGCAAGCUCUGCCAAUGCAGGCAUGCGUGCAAUCCUAUGCCGGCUACCCCCCUGAAGCGGACAGGCCUGUGAAACCACUUCUCAGCGUCCAACCUGUCCAAACAUACGCUGGACCGCCAGCUGAGCAGGCCGUUCCUGGCCAGCACAUCAUCUACGGGCCAACGGUUGGUGCAACGGAUGGACCGAUGCAAGCCGUUCCUACCAUUGUCAUGACGUCGCAGCCCAGCCAGCAGAUGCCAGCGCAACCUGUGGUGGCACAGCAGCACCUGCCUCCGCCACCAGCGCAGACAAUGCCUGCCCACAUGGUGCCAACAGCACCAGCACCUUUGCCCCCCCACACAGUACCCUCGAUGCAGACAAUGCCUCACACGGCACCUUCCAUCCCUCCAAUGCCCCAUGCAGCCCACACCCUGGCCCAAACGAUGCCGGCACAGCAGCUGCCGCCCGUGGGCACCUUGCCACCCCACAUUCCGCCGCACAUGGUGACACAUGCAACUGCACCCGCUGCAGCUUUCUCACCUUAUCAGUAUCCCUAUCAAGCAGCACCGCAUCACCAGGCUUAUGGCGGCGUGCUGGACCCGACUCCCCCGCCGCCGAUGCAGUCUCCGAAGCUCGGGCAGGCUGGCUUCCAGGCAUACAUGAUGCCUCCUCCCAUGGGUUCGCCUAGGCUGCCCAUGGACAUGAGACCGAUGUUGGGCAUGCAAGCUGCUGCGUAA